AAAAUGUUUGGUCUCACAUUCUGGUCAAAUUGGUUCUCACUAAAGCUCACACACUCAAAAAAAGAGUUAGAGAGAGAGAAUGCACAUCAAAAGUUGUAAAAAUGCAGAAAUGACAAAACUAAUCUCAAAAUAUAAAACCUAUAUUUUGAAAGAAUGAAAGAGGCCCAGAGAGUUCACACUUGCUUGCUCAGUUUUGAUUACUAGCCAGUGCUUUCCCUAUCCCAAAGACCCUUGUAAGAUUUCCUUCCUGUUUCUGAUUUUUGAUCAUCUCUUCAUCCCUUCACUGUCUUUGCCCCCUAACAGAAGCUUUCCUCUACAUGUUGGCGCUGUGACUCUAGUAAUUGCUUAUCCUUUUUGGAAGGUUCUUCCAUCCUUGAGUCACUCGUCUGGGUUUCUUCUGUGUGGAUUCUCUGGUGCGUAUCCAGAAUUUGGUUAACACAUCCUGAGUUUUCAUAACGUUUCUUUUCUUUGUGGAGUCUCUGGUGUGAAAUCAAUGCCCCCCCUACUCGAAAUCUUUUUCCACACUCAGGACAUUUAUAGGGUUUCUCUCCGCUAUGUAUCCUGUUAUGCACAACAAGUGUAUAUUUUUGUGAGAAGUGUUUCCCACAAUCAAGGCAUUCAUAGGGCUUCUCUCCUGUGUGGAUUAUCUGAUGUCUAUUCAGUGUUUUUCUGUUACAAAAGGUUCUUGCACACUCAGCACAUGCAAAGGGUUUCUCUUGAGUAUGAGUUUUUUGGUGUGAAACAAGUAGCCUCUUUUGGUGAAAACAUUUUCCACACUCCAGACAUCCGUAAGGCCCUUUUUCAUUGUGGAUUCUCUGAUGUGACCAAAAGUCUUUCUCCCACCGAUAGAUUUUCCCACAGAGUGGGCAUUGAAAAGGUUUCUCUCCAGUAUGGAUUCUCUGAUGUGACAGAAGAUGGGUCUUCCGUCGAAAGUUUUUCCCACAUUCUGAACACUCAUAAGGCUUCUCUUGGGUGUGAGUUCUCUGAUGUGACAGAAGAAGUCCCUUCCAUGCAAAGCUUUUCCCACACACUGGACAUGGAUAGGGUUUCUCUCCAGAGUGGAUUCUUAGGUGGACAUUUAAUGCACCUCUUUCUCUGAAGGUUCUUCCACACUGAGAACAUUUAUGUGGUCUCUCUCUAGUGUGAGUUCUCAUAUGUGUGAGAAGAUGUUCUUUCCGUCUGAACUUUUUCCCACACUCUAGGCAUGCAUGCUGUUUCUCUUCAUUGUGGAUUCUCUUGUGUCUGUUCAACGUCUGUUGAUCACAGAAGUUUCUUCCACAGUCAGGACACUCAUAGGGUCUCUCUCCUGUGUGGAUUCUCUGGUGUGUAAGGAACGAUUUCUUUUCCACAAAGACCUUCUUACACUCGGAGCAUGCAUAGAAUAUCUCUGCUGUGUGGGUUUUUUGGUGUCUGUUUAAUGACCUUUUUUCACGGAAACUUAUUCCACACUUGGGACACACAAAGGGUUUCUCUCCAGUAUGAAUUCGUUGGUGUGACACAUAUAGUCCCUUUUGGAGGAAACCUUGCCCACAAACAGCGCAAACAUAAGGUCCUUCUCUUGUGUGUGUCCCUUGAUGCAAACGGAAGCUGCCCUUCCAUCGGAAGCUCUUCCCACAUUCUGGGCAUUGAUAGGGUUUCUCUUCUGUGUGGGUUCUCUGGUGUCUCUUCAUUGCCUUUGCAUUACAGAAAGUUCUUCCACACUCAGGACACAAAUUUGAUCUCCCACCACUAUGAUUUCUCUGAUGCACCUCAAGAGAUUUAUUUUGCAUUAAGCCUUUUCCACAGGUAGAACAGCAAUAGGGACUCUCUGCCGUUUGAAUUUCCCGAUUGGCGAUAAGCAAUUCUGCUUUUGUGUAGGCUUUCCCACAAUCUGGGCAUUUACUGGGAUUCACUUCCAUGUGGAUCUUCUGAUGUGCCAGACGGUGAUCCUUUCGCUGGAACCUUUUCUUACACUCGGCACAUUCGUAUGGUUUUUCUCCUGUGUGGACUCGCUGGUGUCUAAUUAAUUUAGACCUCCGUUGGAAAGUUUUCCCACAAUCGGUGCACAUGUGAUGUUUUUCUCUAGUGGGUAGUAUGGUUUUGCCACAUGCUGAGCUGUUUUUCAGAGACUCCCUUCUUUGCUUUGCCGGCGGCUUCUCCUGCUCCCUCUUGGAUAUAUGGUCAGUGCCUCGAUUGCCAAGAUCUGUGAAUGUGUUAUCCAGUAAAGCCCGGUGAGGUAUCACUGGCUCUGUUCCUCCCCACUGAAGAUUCUCUUCAAAAUUCACAGCUACUAGGGAAUCCAGUGAAGUGUUGUUCCCUGUUCCAGAAAAGAAGGGACAAGUCAAAAAAUACUGAAAGAAAAUUAGAUCUUAGGUAACAGAAUUCCUGUCCAUCCAGUACUAUGUGGAAAGCUCAGUGAUAUCAGAACAUAAACAAUUACAGAGGAAUCCUACAUCGAAGAAGCUGCCGUAACUUCAGCGUAGUUUAAGUUAUACCAGAUCCUAACCCCAUUCAGGAGCCCUUGGGAGGGGAGAAUCAUGGCUCAACUGGCAGAACGCAGUGGGAAGAGAAUAAAAGGAGGGACUGGAAGACACAUGAUCAAGCAUAACAGAUGCAGAUAUGGCGCACGUCCCCUUUCCCUUAGUCCUGCUGUGCCACACCCCUGGAACACCCCUUUUUGGGACGUUUGCCAGUUUAAUUUAUGCUGGUCUCAGCUGAGCUGGCUGAGCUGGGAGGGGUGGGGUUUUGCUGGCUGAGCCAUGGCUGAACUGGGAUGAGGGACUUAGGCCAGUAUAUCCCAGCUGAGCCAGGACCCAGCCACUCAACCGGAGAUCCGCUAUAUCCUAACUUCCUUCAGCCUGGCAUAAAUACCUAUAGGAUUGCACCUGUAGACAACAAAAACCAAGGCAUGGCAGUUUUCAGAGAAGAUGGAAUAGUUUUGUCGAAUGCAUCAAAAAUAAACAGCUGUGGCCAACUGCAAUGCAUCAGUUUGUACUGCACAAAGAAUUAAAUUAGGAAUUUAGGGCAUUUAAGUUAAGUAAUUUAGGGCAUUCUCUGUGGCAGCCCCUAAGUUGUGGAAUUCCCUCCCCACUGAGGCGCGCCUGGCAACUUCACUGUACAACUCUCAGUGAAUGCUGGAGACGUACCUCUUUACCUUAACCCUUUGACACCUGAGAUGCACAUUUUCAGGACCCAUCCUUUUCCUGUGUUGUUGUUUUUAACUGUUUUUUACUAUAUGUUCUUAAAUUGUUGUAACCCACCCUGGGACUUUUGGGUGAAGGGCGGGUAAUAAAAUCUAAUAACAACAACAAUUAUUAUUAUUACUAUUAUUUUGUGUCUUUGUUGUUGUUAUGUGCCUUCAAGUCGACUACAACUUAUGGUGACCCUAUGAAUCAGCGACCUCCAAGAGCAUGUCAUGAACCACCCUGUUCAGAUCUUGUAAGUUCAGGUAGAAGAGCUUCCAGUGACUGACUUCAAGAAAUCACCCAGUUUCUCUGGAGACUCUUGAUUCAGGCUUCUCCUGAGUGUCUCUCCUUCCUCUUGCUGUGAGUUGCGACGCAUGAUUUGAACGCAGUUCUUCCCCUGUCAGAAUAUAAUGGCUACAGAUUAUGGAGUACAGUCAGCCUUUGGUCUCCAGUUUCAGGCUGCACUCGAGCAGGAGACACAGAUGGGACUUAAAAGGGAGGUGCAGGAUCAGCCAGCAGCUGCCCCCCAGCCAGGAUCUGAGGAAAUGGAAGAAGCCCUUCGGCAUCAGCAGACAGCCCCACAUGUUAAAGCAGAGCAAGACGGGGGUCUCUGGUCCCACCAGUGGGAAGCUCAGUUGCAGGAGUUUGUGAAGACAAUGCAGGCCCCUUGCUCCGGACAGGGAAUCCCACUACUGCCAGAAACUGCUGUCUGUAUUGAUGCUAGGGUAGCUGCAGCAGAGCAAUUGACCCAAAUUCCACCAUGCACUCAGAAACCAAGUCAACAGGCCUGUGACAGGUUGGAUUCCAAAGAGCAAGGAGAACGUCACAGGAGAAUAAGAUGUGAGAUGCUGAACAAGGAGGCCACGCUCAACUCGGAGGUUCACUGCCAACGCUUUAGGCAGCUCAGUUAUCAAGAGGCUGAGGGGCCCCGAGAGGUUUGCAGCCGGCUACGGGACCUUUGCCAUCAGUGGCUGAAGCCGGAGAGGCACACCAAGGAGCAGAUCCUGGAGCUGGUGAUCCUGGAGCAGUUCCUGACUGUCCUCCCUCAGGAAAUGGAAAGCUGGGUGAAGGAACAUUGCCCAAAGACCUGCUCCCAAGCGGUGGACCUGGCAGAAAAUUUCCUGCUGAGGCAGCAAGCAACCAAGAAACAGGAAGAGAAGAAGCUCUUCCAUGUGAUGACUGUCAAUUUCCCUGACCCUGAACAGUCUGUAUUGGAAACCACCCAGAGCCAGGCCUAUAGGGAGGUCAAGCAGGAGGGUGGAGGUGAGUCCAGCUCCUUAGCAGGUGAUGAGACAGUGAACAGGGUACAUUUGGAGAAAACCAAGCCUCGAAAGCUGAAGGAAAACUUAGGAGAUCAGCAUGGAUCGAACAAACAAAAAGAAAAACCAACAGAAAGGCAAAAAGAAAAGUCUGUUCUUCAUCAGGCAGAUGAUAUUGGAGGUCAACCGAGAAUCCACACAGGAGACAGAAAUGACACAUCCAUGGUGUGCCGGGAAAGCUUCAGAGAUACACCAGACUGUAAUAGAUUUGUAGGAAAUGACCCUUACAGAUGCUCGGACUGUGGGAAAGGCUUCCGCCUAAAAUCAAGCCUCAGAAGACAUCGGAGAAGCCACACAGGUGAGACACCAUACACUUGCUUAGACUGUGGGAGAAAGUUCAGUUGGAGAAGCAGCCUCACUACGCAUCAGCGAACUCACGUGAGCGAGAAGCAGCACAAAUGCAUGAAGUGUGGGAAAACCUUCCGCUGGAGCCAGAACCUGACGAGGCACCAGAGGAUCCACACGGGAGAGAAGCCAUACAGAUGCUCAGACUGCGGGAGGAGCUUCAACCGGAACCAGAACCUGAUCACUCACCAGAGGAUCCACACGGGAGAGAGGCCGUACAAAUGCUCGGACUGCGGGAGGAGCUUCAACCGGAGCCAGAGUCUGAUCACACACCAGAGGCUCCACGUGGGAGAGAAACCAUAUAAGUGCUCUGAAUGCCAGGAGAGCUUUUGGAAAAAAUCCAGCCUCCUCAGACAUGGGCAGAUUCACACAGUACGGAAGUGAUAUCCGUGUGCUUACAGCAGGGGAAAGAUUUGUCUGAAAUCCGUACCUUGUUUAGAUGGGCACAAGUACACAGUGGGAAAUGAGCACUGAUUGUAUCAGACAGCGGUUGCCAAUGUACCUGUGGGAGCCAGUACACCCAUUAGUCCCUUCUAUGGCACCUGCAAAAGGUCUCAGUCACUAUCCCCUCAAAAAUCCACUGUGCACGAGAGACUGUUUCCUCUUCCUGCUCAUUUCCUGUUUGCACUGGCUUAGCCUCUCUGACAUUGAGCAUGCCCCUUUAAACAUGCCAACAUUUCAUUGGAUGCCCUCCCUUCCUUUUAGAACAGAGGAGAGGUGCAAAGAGUUUGUCUCUGAGCAAGUGCAGCAGUGGCUAAUGGAGUUGACUUUUUCCUAUUUCUGGAGCAGCUGAUGGGAGAUCACAGCCACAUAAUUUUGUGGGCUUCUUUCUUUUUUCCUUUUUUUUUUUUUUUUACUCUUAGCUAUGGCAUUUGUGUUAUACCACACCUCUGCAUGCGCCAUUUUCUGGCUGGCCCCCAUAGCCCUUUCUCAAAAUUCCAGAUAUGCCCACUGCCCCAAAAAGGUUGGCAAUCACUGAAAGGGCUCUGUAUAAAUUUAUCCAUCUGUUUAUGGAUUGACCCAAAUAAAGCAGCACCCACAGAUGGAGAGCUUGCAUAGCAGAGUGGCCACGAGUGUGAAUUGUGAGAUGGGAAAGCCCUCAUUAAGAUGUCACCUCAUCUGUGAACUUAGCAGGUGCCCAUAAUGGAGCGGGUCCUCACAACUCCCUUUGUAUGGAAUAUGGGAAUAAUAAAACUGUUAUACAUUACUUUACAGUUACCAUAAUAAAGCUGAUAACACCUGGAAAAAAUGGCCCAUAUCCCCUAAGGGAACAUUCCUUCCAACUGCCAGAAGGGAGACUAUCCAAGUUUGCCAUAGUAUUCCCGAUCUCUAUGUAUGGAUGUGAAAGUUGGACAGUGAAAAAAGCAGAUAAGAGAAAAAUCAACUGAUUUUAAAUGUGGUGUUGGAGGAGAGCUUUGCGGAU